AGUCCAAGGCCUCUGCGCAGCCUCAUGUGACUGUGACCCGUCACGUCCACCCCCACAUGCCUUCUUCUCCUUCUCCUUCUCCUUCUCCUCGUCCUCGACGCACAUUCCAAUUCCCACCACCCUCCACUCCAAAGAUCUCCUCGCAGGCGCGGCAAGGGAGAAGAUAACAAACGACGAUGGCGGCGAGCGGGGAGGAGUACCAGUACGGCCCACGAGGGGCGCCGCACGGGCUGCUGCUGGCGGUGGUGCUGGGCCUGGUGGUGGCGGGGCCGCUGUUCCUCGGCGACAGCGGGGAGGCGAUCACGGGCGCCGUGGCGGACCUCCUCAGCCCCGUGGGCCUCCUGCUGCUCCCCGUCGGCCUUAUCCUCGUCAUCCGCGUCCUCUCGUCGGACCGUGGCGCCGCGGCGCUCGCCGACGUCUUCGCCUUCGGCGGGACGCCCGACGCCGUCCACCGCGUCGGGGGAUCGCCGGUCGGGGUCGCGCUCCUGCUGCUGCUAAUCACCGUGCUGAUGUACUACAGGUCGUCGCCGUUUGGCGGCGACGGGGGCGACGACGAGUAGCACUGAUCAUCAUGCUGAAGGCAUAUGACUAUUAGUUACAGUAUCACUAUAUGUUAGUCUACAAAGUGCUGCUUCGUCGCGACUUGUAAAUAACGCUGGAUCGCUCUGUUCUGGUAUGGAAAUGCGAAGCUUCUGCUCUAA